AUGUCGGAAGAACGAAUACAUCCCUACACCCAUCUACUACUCCGCCUUCCAUCAGGUGCUCCUCGAGUGGUACGACUUGUACCCGACGUCACUAUCUCGCUUGGGAAAUUUGGCUCUUUCCCUUCGAAUGCCUUACUCUACAGACCUUACAAUCUUACUUUUGACAUUCUCGACCCCCCGGCUGCGGGAUUACGACUAGUUUCAGCAGAGGAGGUAACACGAGAUAUACUCGGAGGUGGUGAAGAUGCCGAAGCUGAAGGGACGGGCCACUAUGAUUUAGAAAUCGUAGGUGCUGACUCGGAGGAGGAUGGAGGUGAAAUGAUGAGAACAAAUAAGGAGACCAUUGAUGAUCCGCUCAGUCAGAAAUUAAGUUGGGUGGAGAUUGAGCAGCUUAAGAAGCAAGGAACUGGUUCUGGAAGGGACUUGAUACAGAGACUGUUAGAAUCGCAUACCGCCAUCCACCAGAAGACUCCUUUCGCAUUACAGAAAUAUACACUCCGCAAGACCAGAAAGUUUCUUCGCCGAUUCACUGUUCUCCCCUUAACCGUUGCGUCAUUGGCAAGCUACCUUCUCGACACCAAGGAGCCCAUAAAAAUCCUCGAAAUGCGCAACGAAACUAUUGCCGUGAUGCUCUCUCUCGCCAAUGUCCAUUACGGUGGCCGCUACUUGGUAAUUGACGAAUCUGGUGGACUAUUAGUUUCCGCUAUAGCUGAAAGGCUCGGCCUACUGGAACACAUGCCCUCGGAAUCCGAACUGUUCAAAGAAGAAGACAACGCCCGAAAACCCUGUCCAGAUACCCCUCUCCCUAGUGCAAACACCAUAACUCUCAUUCACCCAAACGAGCAGCCGAACCUCUCAUUGCUAAAAUACUUUUCCUACGACACCAACAACCCCACUACAUCCCACCCGUUACACACACACCUUAGAACCCUAAACUGGCUACAACUGGUCGAACCAAAUGAUGACAGCUCCCUUGAAAAACCCAAUGAAAUUCCAGCAGAAACUCUCGUUACACUCAAGGGAGGAAAACGUGCGGCAUAUUGGCGCAAACACCGUCGCUGGGAAAAGACAUCACGCAUUGUGGCAGAGGCUCAAAAAGGCGGUUUUGACGGCCUACUAAUAGCUGCGUUCAUGGACCUAAAAGGUAUCCUUCGACACACUGUUCCGCUCCUCAAAGGCUCUGCACAAAUUGUGGCAUAUAGUCAGAGCCGCGAAUCCGUAAUAGAACUCGCGGAUUGCUAUUCUGCAACUAGAAAGGCUGAGUGGAUAAACGAAGGCAAAGAGGUGGCGGAUGACGAAUAUGGAGUUGGGGAUCCAACCAUUGUACUUGCACCUACCAUACAUGAGACGAGAGUUCGCAAGUGGCAGGUGUUACCCGGGAGAACACAUCCUGUGAUGACCGCGCGUGGAGGAGCGGAGGGGGUGGUGUUUACUGGUACUCGGGUGUUGCCGGUUGAAGGGAAGGUGGAGGCUAGAGGGAGAUUUAGGGGGCAGAAAAGAAGAAGGGAUGACGGCGGUGAUAGUGACGAUGAAGAGGCGGGUGCGGGGGGGAGGGGCGGGGCCAUGCCGACAUCCCCCUGUAAGAGGGUUAAAAUGGAAGUUUGAGUGUAUAAUUAAUGUACUAAAGGUAUCAUACGCUUUGUGUUUGUGUUUGCAUGUGUUAGUGGGUCAAAAGUCAAUGGCACCUAACUUGAGGCCUAACUUCAAAGUCCGGGGGAUGAUCCACUGACACCGCUGGGUUAGCAAAUUCCUGCUUAGGCUGUACAAUAAAAGUAGACUGGCCAAACAGC